AGACCACCGCCUCGCCAUUGUCUCCCGGACACCAACUUUAUUAUAAACACACCGCGAGCCGCCCGCCGCAGCAGAGCACCGGAACACCGCCACCGAGAGACACGCGCUGGAUACCGCGAGAAAACCACGCGUUCCGCUGGAGUUUGACGCCGCAACCGGAGCUUUCGCGUCUCCGUCCGCCCUCCACAUGUACAAAAUGGAUUACUCGUAUCUGAACACGUAUGACUCGUGCAUGGCGGCGAUGGAGGCGUCGGCGUACGCGGACUUUAACUCGUGCAGUCAGGCGAACACGUUCCAGUACAACCCGAUCCGAACCGGCUUCAGCUCCGGCCCGGGAUGCGCUCCGCUCGGUUCCGCCAGCUGCACUCUGGGCGCGCUGAGAGAGCACCAGCCCGCGCCCUACAGCACAGUUCCGUACAAGUUCUUCUCGGACCCCUCCGGUCUGAACGAGAAGCGCAAGCGGCGGCGGAUCCGCACGACCUUCACGAGCUCUCAGCUGAAGGAGCUGGAGCGCAUCUUCGCGGAGACGCAUUACCCAGACAUCUACACGCGCGAGGAGCUGGCGCUGAAGAUCGACCUGACCGAGGCGCGGGUGCAGGUUUGGUUCCAGAACCGACGCGCCAAGUUUCGUAAACAAGAACGCGCCGCCAACUCCAAAGGAGCGAACGCCGGCGCCAACGGCAAGAAGUCAGGCGAGAACCGCUCUUGCUCUGAAGACGACGAGUCUAAAGAGUCGACCUGCAGCCCGACGCCCGACAGCACAGCGUCUCUGCCCGGCUCCGGGAACAUGGGCAGCCCCGGGGCCAGCAGCCUCAGCCCCAGCCCGGUCUCGGGCUCCUCGGCCGCCUUCUCCAACGCCUCCAUCUCGCCCUCCAUCCACCAGGGCCUCAAGAGCUCGCCCUGGCCCAGCACCGUCCAGACCCAGGACCUGCUGAAGGCCUGGCAGCCGGCGGACAGUAUGGCGUCUGUGCCGUUCACGGGCGUUCUGUCCUCGUUCCACCGGAAACCCAACACAAUCAAGACCAACCUGUUCUAG